AUGCUCAAUAUGCCCAACAUUAUGAGCAACCGCAACAGCACCCCCGAGGCUAGCAAUGUCUCUUCUCUGAGGCCUCCCUCUUCCCGGGCCAUUGGCUCCAACCACGGCCUUCGCGCCUCUGCUGAUGUGGCCGCUCUUACCGGCGCCCAGGCCGCCGCAAGCCGAAUUCGCCCGUCGUCCGACUUUUACGGCCAGCCGCAGUCCGGCCAGGUGCAGGGCAAUGCCGAGCUGGAUCCCCAAGACAAGCUUGCCCAGCAGUGGAUUGCCGACAUUGAUCAAUAUGAGACCACUCUCGAGGAGAUGGCCGCCGCUACGCUUGACCAGGACUUCAAGGAUGAACUCAGCGCUAUUGAACAGUGGUUCCGCGUCCUGAGCGAAGCUGAGCGCACAGCUGCCCUUUAUGCUCUGCUUCAGCAGACCACUCAGGUCCAGAUCCGUUUCUUCAUUCAGGUCCUCCAGCAGAUGGGCAAGAACCACCCCAUGUCGGGAGUUCUGUCCCCUGCUAACUUUGACAAGGAUCCCAUGUCGAGCCGCUUGAGUGAUGCCAUGGGCAAGCUGGAAGUUGGAUCGGCCCGUAACUCGCUUGCCCGCCCCAGUGGCGGUGCCAACAAGAGACACUCGGGUCUGGAUCAGACCACCAUCAAUACCAUGUUCCCGGAUGCUGUUGCAGCCAUUGCUACGGAGAAGGCCAAAUUUACGCAGCAGACAGGCAACCCUCCGCCUUCGAACCGUAACAGCCUGGUUGACAACCGCAACUCCCUCGCUGCCCCCACGGUUUCCGUCCCCAAGGAUGACACCAAUGGACAAAACCCGGCCUCUCCGUGGGGUCCCAGCGACGCUUCUCGGCCCAAGUCAUCUACCGGCCAGACUCCGAUGGGCCAGUUUGUGCAACCCCCGCCGUCGGCCGGAGGUUUACGCUCCCCUCGCCCUCCGCAGCUGAGCAGUAACACAAACAUUCAGAGCACGACCCUUACUGCGGCUGAGCCGCAGCUGACCGAGCUCCCGCUGCUAUCCCCUUACACUUCUAGUGGUAACUGGGCCUCGAUGGUCAACACGCCCAUGGUUCCAACUUUCGGCCAAACGCAAGGAAACAACGCCGAUAUGGUAGCCAACGCGACAGCGAUGAAGCUAGCCGCACUCUCGACGGUAAACAAUCGCUUUGCUUUGGACGACGCGCGCCGCUAUCGCCGUGCUCGUUCCAACGACGGAGCACCUGGCCAGCAUCCCCUCUCACCGGGCCCUCAGGGCAUUCCGAGCACCAAUGUGGUCAUGAUCAACGAGCACGGGCAGGUCUUGAGCCACGACCAUGUUUUGGCGCUUCAGCAGCAACAGCAACAGGGUCUGCAACAGGGUCUUGGCGGCUUUGGCGGUCAUCGUUCACGCCCCACUUCGCCUGGUAUUGCGGUGCCCAACUACGGCCCCGCGCUGCAGUUUACCUCGCCGCAGAACAAUGGCUUCCUCAGUGCGUAUGAUGGUGGCGCGCCCGGCUUGAUCAACAAUGGACUGGUUCCAAUGAUGGGUCAAUUUAACCUGGGCGGUCACCACACAGAGGGCUAUCUUUCGGACCAUUCUGAGAUCAAUCGUGGCCGCUCUCCGCGUGGUCGGAGAGGCAGCUCGAAGCCGCCCGAGGAUCCUACCGACCCUACUCUCCUGCAGGAUAUCCCUAGCUGGCUGCGGAGCCUGCGUCUGCACAAGUACACAGACAACUUGAAGGACAUGAAGUGGACGGACUUGAUUGAGCUAGACGACAAGCAGCUGGAGGAGCGCGGUGUCAAUGCUUUGGGCGCUAGACGCAAGAUGCUCAAGGUCUUUGAACAAGUCAAGGGUGAGUCUUGCGAUUCCGUAUGGACUUGA